UGGACAAAAUGCAGGCCAAAGCAUUUAACUUCAUCCCUUUGAAACUACCGUCUCCGGCGAUCAAACUGCCACCGGCUCAGGCAAUCUCGUUCCCGGAUCAUGUCGGCCGCGACAUGUCUAUAGCUAUACCAAAUCAAGAAGUAUCAACUUCAGUUGAAGAAGAAAAAAUGGCAGCCUAUUGGGAUUAUCAGUUUUUGUUUGUGUCCCAACGUUCAGAAACCGUUAACCCCGUUAGCUUGCGUGUUAUCGAGGGUUCCAUACCGUCGGAUUUUCCACUAGGAACGUAUUAUCUAACCGGACCAGGAUUGUUUAGGGAUGAUCAUGGCUCAACGGUGCAUCCUCUAGAUGGUCAUGGCUAUCUUAGAGCAUUCACAAUAGAUGGGGUUAAAGGUGAGGUAAAGUUUAUGGCUAAAUACAUUGAGACCGCGGCUCAAGUGGAGGAGCAUAACCGCGAAACUGGUGAGUGGCGGUUCACCCACCGUGGCCCGUUUUCGGUGCUUAAAAAUGGGGAAAAGAUUGGGAAUACCAAAGUUAUGAAAAAUGUUGCUAACACUAGUGUGUUAAGAUGGGGUGGUAGGUUGUUUUGUUUGUGGGAAGGGGGAGCUCCUUAUGAGAUUGAUUCUAGAUCAUUGGAUACUAUCGGGAGGUUCGAUUUGAUCAAUGGUGUUGAUGGAUCAUCAACACCAUCGACCUCUGAUCGUGAGAGGCGCGUGGGUGGUGACAACAUGUUAGACCUUGCUACAAGCAUAUUGAAGCCAAUAUUAUAUGGGGUUUUCAAGAUGCCAUCAAAGAGGUUGUUGUCGCAUUAUAAGAUUGAUGCUUCAAGGAAUAGACUUCUAAUGAUGUCAUGCAAUGCAGAGGAUAUGCUACUCCCACGUAGUAAUUUCACCUUCUACGAAUUUGAUUAUAAUUUCAAGAUCCUGCAAAAACAAGAAUUCAUUAUCCCUGAACAUCUGAUGAUCCACGACUGGGCUUUUACAGAUUCCCAUUACAUAUUGUUUGGCAAUCGAAUCAAACUUGACAUUCUUGGAUCAAUGACUGCUGUAUGCGGAUUUACACCGAUGAUAACUGCAUUAUCGGUGAAUCCUAGUAAGUCGACAUCUCCGAUAUAUCUACUACCUCGUUUCCCCGAACACGAGGAAAGGAGAGACUGGAAAGUGCCGAUCGAAGCUCCUUCGCAGAUGUGGGUACUUCACGUCGGGAAUGCAUUCCAGGAAACCGAUCACAAUGGGAAUACGCAGAUUCAAAUACAAGCUAGUGGUUGUUCUUAUAAGUGGUUCAAUUUUCAAAAGAUGUUUGGAUAUGAUUGGCGAAGUGGCAAGUUAGACCCGUCGAUGAUGAACGCCGACGGGGGAAAUAAACUGUUGCCGCAUCUCAUCCAAGUUUCAAUUAACUUGGAUGCAAGCGGAAAUUGUGAAGAAUGUCGUGUGAACCCUCUAAACGAUCAAUGGGACAGGGCGACUGAUUUCCCUGUUAUAAACCACGAUUUUGGUGGGCGAAACAACACAUAUGUCUACGCGGCAACAUCUUCAGGUUUUCGCAGAGAGUUGCCGCAUUUUCCAUUUGAUAGUGUGGUGAAGUUCAACACCGCGGAGAACACCACCCAAACAUGGUCGGUUGGUACCCGACGGUUCAUUGGUGAACCCAUUUUCGUCUCUAAGGGGAGCGACGAAGAUGAUGGGUACCUUCUUGUGGUUGAGUAUGCGGUAUCAAAACAGAUGUGUUAUCUAGUGAUAUUGGAUGCCAAGAAAGUUGGGGAGACAAAUGCAGUUGUGGCAAGACUUGAAGUACCUAAACACUUGAAUUUUCCUCUUGGGUUUCAUGGAUUUUGGGCUCCAAUGGAUUAUUAGUAGUAGGGAAAAUGUUUGUGUUUUCAUGUAUUAUAUUUUUUUUUAAAAUAUGAAAAGAAAUACUCUAUAAGCGAGAGAUCUGGUUAUGUCGGUAAGUUAAUAUCAUUAAGUUAUUAUGCUACUGUCAA